UCCCGUCCCGUCCUAUCCCGGCCGUGUGCCGCUCACAGCUCGCCCGCUGCCGAGCACUGACCGUGCGCGACUCCUCUGCGCUCCCCCGGUCGGCUGCUCCCGGCAAAUGGCGGCUCCGCUGUUCGCUCCUCGCCGGCCGCGUGAGGAGCCCUCAGGGCUCGCUCUCCCUCAGGGUAUCACACAGUGCCCCUUCCCCGGAGCGAGCCCUUUGCUGGGCCGUGCGGCACCCGGGCACAGAGCAGUGCUGGGGGCUCAGGGGGUUCGGGGCGGGCUCAGCGCCCCGAGCUGAGGGUGAGGGUGUUCACAGGGCACGGCCGCUCUCCGCAGCUGCACCGCGGCUCUUGGCUCUGAGGGAUGCUCUAAGGUGUCGCCCCUCAUCCUCCGGGAUAACACCGAAGCCCCGCCUGGGAGUCUGAACGCGGUGCUCGAGCUCCCGGGAUGCAGGAGCUUGUUUUGGGGAGUCAGCACCGCUCUAAACCACUGCUGCUUUAGGAAUGGAGCCUGCGUGGUGUGUGAGAGACCUGACGCCUCCCUGCCGCCUCGGAAAAGCAGCGCCGAUGGAUGCGAUCCUCAGCUGCAAGCCCGAGGACCUGGAGGAUUACUACAACUUGCUGGGAUGCGAUGAGCUAUCGACGGCUGAACAGAUUCUUGCUGAAUAUAAGAUUAAAGCCCUUGAAUGUCAUCCUGAUAAGCAUCCUGGAAACCCCAAAGCAGUGGAGAAUUUCCAGAAGCUGCAGCAAGCCAAGGAGACCCUGACCAACGAGGAGAGCCGGGCGCGUUACGAUCACUGGCGCCGGAGCAGAGUGCGCAUCCCGUUCCAGCAGUGGGAGGCGCUGAGCAGCUCCGUGAGAACGUCAAUGCACUGGGCUGUCCAAAGUAAGAAGGACCAAAUGCUGGAAGCUCCUGACCUUGGCAACACCAACAACAUAACUACUGAGAUGUGGACCCAACAGACAGAAAACAAUGGAGAUGGAUUGUUGGAAGGGAGCAGGGAUCAGGAAGAUGAUGCAAUUCCUGAUGUGAAACCACAGUCUUCAAAGAAUCCAGAUUCCCCAAGAUUUUCAGAGGGGAAUUACUGGCACUUGCGUUUCCGCUGGUCAGGAGAUGCUCCAUCUGACCUUCUGAGGAAAUUCAGAAACUAUGAGAUCUAAAAUGAGAAACACACAGGAGCAUGAGGUCAUCUGUUCAAUAUGCAUUUGCUGCUUUACUUGAUACAAAGACAUUUGCUCAAGAAAGACAUUGAUUUGUGUAGAGGGACUGUAAACAAUGUCAGACAGUAGUAACAGAAGAAACUCUUACUGUAGGUGAAGGAUACUAAGUAACAGGGAACAAUUUUCCCUCUAACAAAAAGAUAGGAAUGCAGCCAGCUGGAGCACUUUGAAUCAGAUGCAGCCCAGAUUCUCCUCUGCCCGUUUCACUUGGGUAAGGGUGAAAGGGAGGGGUUGGAUGGGUGAUUUAGCACCUAAUGAGCUGGUUUCCCUUGAGAAGUGAACAUACAAUAGACCUUUGAACAGCAAACUAACAGUUUGUGUCAUUAAAACUGAUGUCAUUAUUAGCCAAUUAUUGCGUGGUUGGUUUUGGCAAAGAACCUUUGGAUGUUUGUUCUGGAUGAAUAAUUGCAGAUAUUUGGAAGGCUCUUAGCCCAAUAAAAGCUCAUGGCAAAAGUUGUGUUUGGCAACAACCUGCUCAAGAUCAGUCCUGUAAUUUUGCCCUCAUGAGGAGAUCAUGUUCUAACUUGUGCUCCAGUACACCAAUCCCACCAAAACAGACUUUUUUUUUUUUUUUUUUUUGUACAUGUUAAACCUGCAAUGGUCCAUUUUUCUGGAUUUCUUGAGUUGAAUAAAU